AUGGCUCCACCAUUUUUUUCCGACAUCAACAAGGGUAUCAAUGAUCUAUUGAACAGGGAUUACUAUCACAACAGUGUUGCGGCAUUUGAUGUCAGCACGGUUGCCAAGAACGGUGUCAAGUUCAAUUUGAAAGCCAAGCAGACCGUGAAAGACGGCCCACUUGCCGCCGACGUUGAGACCAAGGUGUCUGACAAAGCGACUGGGUUGACUUUGACCCAGGGAUGGUCCAAUAGUAACAAUUUGAACACGAAGAUUGAGUUGACUGACUUGACUCCUGGUUUGAAGAGCGAGCUGGUUACGUCUUUGGUGCCUGGUGUUUCCAAAGCAGCUAAGUUGAAUGUCAACUUUGUGCAGCCAUUUUUCACUGCUAGAGGUGCGUUUGAUCUGUUGAAGGGUCCUUCAUUCGUGGGAGACUUGACUUUGGCCCACGAGGGUAUUGUCGGCGGUGCCGAAAUCGGUUAUGACAUCACCGGCGGCUCUUUAUCUCGUUAUGCUGUUGCAUUGGGUUACUCUGCUGGCGAUUACUCUCUGGGUCUUUCCGUUAACAAUGCUCAAUUGACUACUGUAUCGUUUUUCCAAAAAGUCAGUCCAAUUUUGCAAGUUGGAGCUAAAGCCGUUUCCACUCCAAAGCAAUUGGCCAACGUCAACAUCGAGUUCGCUACCUUAUAUCUGCCUGACGCAACUUCUCAAGUGAAGGCCAAGGUUGCUGAUUCUGGUGUUGUUGCUUUGGCUUACAAGCAACAAUUGAGACCUGGUGUCACUUUGGGUGUUGGUGCUUCGUUCAACGCCUUGAGCCUAUCUGAACCAGUCCACAAAUUGGGUGGCUCUUUGUCUUUCUCUGCCUAG